AUGAACGAAUGUCAUGCAAGCAGUUGGCCAUUUAAGAUAAUGCUCAGAAGAGAGGUUAGAACGGGAGAUGUGCUCUUCCUCCUCCUCCUCCUCCUCCUUUUUCUUCUCCUCCUCUUCCUCACCAUCAUCACCAUCCUCCUCCUCCUCCUCCUCCUGCAGCUGCUGCUUCUCGCCCCGUUCCAUUGGAGCAGACCAUCCUGGUGCCUCUUUUGUGAAGCGGCGGCUGAGGAGACCGCGGGACUCGCCAUGGCGGAUGAAAAGCCGAAGGAAGGAGUCAAGACUGAAAACAACGACCACAUUAAUCUGAAGGUGGCAGGGCAAGACAGUUCAGUGGUGCAAUUUAAGAUUAAGAGGCACACGCCACUUAGUAAACUAAUGAAAGCCUAUUGUGGACGACAGGGUUUGUCAAUGAGGCAGAUCAGAUUCCGAUUUGAUGGGCAACCAAUCAAUGAAACAGACACGCCUGCACAGUUGGAAAUGGAUGAAGAUACAAUGGAUGUAUUCCAGCAGCAGACAGGAGGUGCUUACUAA